AUGGGCGACUUCAUCGCCGCCGAGCCCCUGCCGUCGACGUGCUUCACGUGCACGCGUCUGAACAGCACCACAUUUCGGAUCGUCGAAGAAGACAGGUUCGGCGAGUAUCCAUUCAUCUACGUCAAGGUCACGCCGAGAGCCCUGGUUUUGAUCGACACGGGAUGCGGCGGCGAGGCGAAAGAACCCCGCGUGGAGCUGAAGCGGCUACGCGAUUUCCUCGAGGUGUACCCCGUCGAAGAGAACGGCGACGCGCCGCUGAACGAGGGCGCGUCGAAGGACUACGUCGUGAUCUGCACGCACUGCCACUUCGACCACAUCGGCGCGUGCGAGCAGUUCACCGACGCCAGGUCGUGCAUCUGGGCGAGCGGGUUCGACAAGACGUUUCUCUCGCGGGAGAACCUGCCGACGUCGUCGCUGUCGAGGUUUCUCGGCGUCGAGACGCCCCGGUACGAGAUAGGAAAGUGGGCCGGUGACGGGGACUGUGUCACGUACGACGGCGAGGACUUGGGUUUGAUCACAUACCAAACGCCCGGCCACGUCCCCGACGAGCUUGCCAUCUGGGACCCGCACGAAAGGGUCCUGUACGUCGGUGACUCGGUGUACGAGUGGGCUGCGAUCCUCUUUCCCAAAGAGGGGGACCUGUUGUUGUACAGCGACAGCAUAGGAAAGCUGAGAAGACUGGUCAAGGGCUGGAGCGGCGAAGGUUCGGCAGAGAGGCGUCGCGUAAAGAUGGCUUGUGGGCAUGUCACUCUCGACGCUGAUGCCGAAACGGCACUCGCGGACCUGGACGCCUUUUUGUGGGACGUUGUCUGCGGUAGGGUCGAAGGAGGUGGGAUGGAGAACAUCAGGGGAGAAGAAAAUGUGCUCUAUGUCCGAGAGGACGGGCGAUGGAGCAUAAAAGGGCCAAGGAGGCUCUUUGAUGACCUUAAGGGGAAUCAAGAGGCAAUGAAGAAGCUGGAGAGGAGGGUGAACGAAGGCGUAUGA